AUCCUGCUGUGCCUCCCUCUGCUCUUUGGCCUUUGCAUUGUUGAUCGGUGUCCCGAAAUCUGUAGUCCUCUGUUCAAGGAAGAAAAAAAAUGUCUACUGAAGGCACGAUUAUUCGUUGUCAUGCUGCGAUUGCAUGGGAGGCGGGGAAGCCAUUGUCAAUUGAGGAGGUUGAGGUUCAUCCACCUCAAGCGAUGGAAGUCAGGAUCAAGAUUCAAUUCACUGCUCUAUGCCAUACUGACGUUUUCUUCUGGGAAGCCAAGGGCCAGACCCCUGUGUUUCCAAGAAUCUUUGGCCAUGAAGCAGGAGGGGUGGUGGAGAGUGUUGGUGAAGGGGUGAGAGACCUUAAGCCAGGUGAUCAUGUACUGCCUAUCUUCACAGGAGAAUGUGGGGAGUGCAGGCACUGCAAGUCUGAAGAGAGCAACAUGUGUGAACUCCUGAGGAUCAACACAGACAGGGGAGUGAUGAUUGCUGAUGGAAAAUCCAGGUUUUCCAUCAAGGGUCAACCAGUUUAUCACUUUUUGGGUACUUCUACUUUCAGUGAGUAUACAGUUGUUCACACUGGUUGUGUUGCAAAGAUUAAUCCAAGAGCACCUCUAGACAAAGUGUGUAUCCUCAGCUGUGGAAUUUCUACUGGUUUUGGUGCUGUUGUGAAUGUUGCUAAACCGCCUAGAGGCUCUACUGUGGCAGUCUUUGGGCUGGGUGCCGUUGGACUAGCAGCUGCUGAAGGUGCACGGGUUUCCGGCGCUUCGAGGAUAAUUGGAAUUGAUAUCAACCCAAACAGAUUUGAGACAGCCAGGAAGUUCGGUGUCACAGAGUUUGUGAAUCCAAAAGACUCUAACAAGCCUGUUCAACAGGUGCUGGCGGAGAUGACCAACGGAGGUGUUGAUCGGAGCAUCGAGUGCACAGGGAAUAUUCAGGCCAUGAUAUCUGCUUUCGAGUGUGUCCAUGAUGGUUGGGGAGUUGCUGUUCUGGUUGGCGUUCCUAGCAAAGAGGCAGUGUUUCAGACGAACCCCAUGAACAUACUGAAUGAAAGGACUCUCAAAGGAACUUUCUAUGGAAACUACAAGCCACGCUCUGACAUUCCCUCUGUUGUGGAGAAGUACAUGAACAAGGAACUCGAAUUGGAGAAGUUCAUAACUCAUGAAAUUCCUUUCUCUGACAUUAACAAAGCGUUCGAUUACAUGGAGAAGGGGGAAAGCCUGAGAUGCAUUAUAAGGAUGGGAGCAUAGCUUCGCUGUAAAUAAAAACAGUUAGUACUAAAUAAAAGUAAAAUGCGACCAACGAGUGUAUCUUUUCAGUGUCUUUGUCUUUGUGAAUGCCUUUCGGCACCCCCAAAAAUAAACUGCUUAAGUUGGUAGGUGUGAGUCUGGAGUUCUAAUGAGUUUGGACUCUUUAUCAUCAUGUAAAUAGUAAGCAAAUAUUACCGAGUGCCGAUUGUGUUCCAUAGUGCUCGACUCAGCUUUAUUUUAUAGUCUGAAAAGACCAGGAAGAAGAAGAAUAAAUGCAGACGAAGA